UUCGGAGUGAGCGCAUGUUGAUUUUUUUUUUUCUCUUUCCUUAUAGCCCCACGGGCUAUACAUACAGUACCUACUAGGUAGUACCAACGGCCCUAUUAUCUUCGGGGGGUACCUUGCCUAGGUUGCGUCGCCUUACGUCUUUACAUCUUUACGUCCAUACAACGUAUACGCAUCCCCGGGCCCCGCAUCAAUUGAAUUUUUGACGCAAUUGGUUUUGAUCUUUUGCUAACUUAACUCGUCUGCCCCUCCGAACUUAUAGACCGCGCAACUUUUUCUCACAAACGUCAAAUCUCAAUACUCUCGUAUCCUUACAUCUCCUCCUUUCUCUCGCAUCAUCUCUUCACCUCCUGCUGUUGUAAUACAAGAACCUAUCUGCGAGUCUCCUCAACCUUUCCCCACUGCUCCGCCCGUAUCACGCGCACCUACAAUGGCGCUCGCCGAAGAGACGAAGCGCAUCGCUGCGCAAUUCGAAUAUACGGACGAAGAUGUAAACAGAGGAGUGCAAGAGUUCCUCCGCCAAAUGAAUGAGGGAUUAGAACAGGAUGGCACGAGUUUAAGCCAAAUCCCUACCUACGUCACUGGUGUCCCUAAUGGUACCGAGAAAGGGUUAUACUUAGCAGUCGACCUUGGAGGGACGAACUUUCGCGUCUGCUCUAUCCACUUGAACGGCGACACUACCUUUAACCUCACAUACAGCAAAGUUGCAAUCCCGAAGGAAUUAAUGGUUGCAGAACAAGCUAGCGACCUAUUCGGAUUCCUAGCUAAGCAGAUCGAACUAUUCCUCAGGACACAUCAUGAAGACCAUUUCGAAGCGCACGUUCGCCGGCGGCAGACUGUUAGCACCCCAGAAGGCUACCGAGACGAACAAAUAUUCCGACUGGGUUUCACUUUUAGUUUCCCAGUGCAGCAGUUUGGCAUCAAUAAGGGUACUUUAAUGAGGUGGACGAAGGGUUUUGACAUUCCGGAUGCGAUUGGCAAGGACGUGUGUGCCUUGCUCCAACAAGAGAUCGAUAGACUCCACCUCCCCGUGAAAGUGGCUGCUCUGGUGAAUGAUACUGUCGGCACGCUCAUGGCUCGUUCUUACACUUCGCCGGGAAAGACAGCCACUCUUCUAGGUGCCAUUUUUGGAACGGGUACCAAUGGCGCCUACGUCGAGAAGGUUACCAACAUAAAGAAGCCUGUCAAUGGCGACUACGACAAGUCAACAGGGCUGAUGGUCAUAAAUACCGAGUGGGGUUCCUUUGACAACCAACUCAACAUAUUACCCAACACCUCUUACGACAUAGAAUUGGAUAAGAAGAGUGUGAACCCGGGUGUCCAGAUGUUCGAGAAGCGAGUAUCCGGCAUGUUCCUUGGCGAAAUCGUUCGUCUGGUAAUUGUCGAUAUGCUCAAGAACACUGACAUCUCGCUAUUCCGCGACGAAAACUCCAGCCAUAACGACUGGGUAUCAACAACUACCAUCGACCCGGAAUCCGGUCUAUUCAAGCAAUGGGGUCUUGACAGUUCAAUAAUGUCGAUUGCAGCGGCCGACAACACGCCAGACUUUUCCCCUCUUCGCCAAGAACUUGAGAAGCAACUACGUAUAUACGCGGCUUCGCUAGAAGAUGCGCUAGCGUUCAAGAGUGUGGCAUACGCCGUCGGGCGCCGGGCCGCCAGAUUGUCCGCCGUAGCCCUCGGUGCGAUCGUCCUCCAAAGCGGCGAGCUUAACAAAUCAACCGAUGAGCCGAUCGACAUUGGUGUCGACGGCAGUCUCGUAGAACACUACCCGUUCUUCCGGGACAUGAUCUACGAGGCCCUUGGUGCGAUCGAAGGUAUCGGACCAGAGGGUGCUAAGCGGAUCCGCAUCGGUAUUGCUAAGGAUGGUAGCGGUGUUGGCGCCGCUUUGAUCGCGCUUGUUGCGGCGAAUAUGGAGAAGAAGGGUGUUGUUGACUACUUGAACCAUUUCAAGAAUGGUAUCGUGCAGAAGGUCGCGAAUGCGAUUCCCGGGAAUGGGGAGGCAACUACGAUAAUAUGACGAGAUGAAAGGAAGUGAAAGAAAUAAACGAAACGUAUUGAUGUAACCUAUUACAAUCAUGACCUAAUGCAAUAGAUAUUAUGACCACUCAUCCCAUGUACCCUACCCAUCUUUAUUGAUAUUGAGUGGUGGGCAGUUGUGGGGUAGGUUCGGAUCAAGUAUCAAGGUCUAGAGAAGCGUUCAUUGGACUAUUUGACUGUUAGUAGUCUAUUCCGAACUACCGGGACCUGUUGGUACCAAUAUCUAUAACUACAACGAAUAUAAAUAUGUUCAAUAAAAG